GGAGGAGGAGGAGGACAAGAAGAAGAAGAAGAAGAGGCGGAAGAAAACUGGGCUCCCUCUCCAAACCGUCCCGGCUUUUGUACCGGGGGAGUUGUCGUCAUCAGCGCUCAGAUAUCUCCCCCCACUCUCUGCUCCCUAAAUGGAUGGGGCAGUCUUGGUCUAUGUAGUUCAGCAGCACAGGCCGUGAAGGCUGGAAGCAACUUGUGAAUAGAUCCGUCAGUUUGGCGUCUGGAGGGAAACGCACAGAAAUGCGCGUCGCUGCAGUUGAACUCUGAGGACUUUUCUAUCCUGCACUUUCUACUCAGUGUGUGUGUGUCUGUGUGUGUGUGUGUGUGUGUGUGUGUGUGUGUGUGUGUGUGUGUGUGUGUUUCCUUUUUCUCCUCCUCUGCUCAAAGUUUACAACAGACAGGAAAAGUCAGCGCUGAAGUGGCAGCUCUCACUCUGCAGCCCUCGCUAUGGAUUGGAUGUAUUUAUUCUUGCGCUUUUCACUCACUCAACUAUUUUUGGAACAUAUUUUCGCUGCAGAAACUGAUGAACAACUCUCUGGGAAGUUAAGUGAAUACGGUCUCAUCGUGCCCUUCAGCACAGACUCCCACGGCCGGUACAUCUCUCACGUGGUCUCAGCUGGAAGUGGAAGUAAAGGUGAUGGUGGUUCCGCUGCUGGUGCUGCUGGUGCUGCUGCCGCCGGCGCCUCAGACCCCGGCAGCAAGAGGAGGGUGGCCCGUGGUGCCCCCGAGACGCCCUCGGUCACCUCCUCCUCCUCCUCGACUCAGCACUUGUUUUUCAAUGUCACUGUGUUUGGGAAGGAGCUGCACCUCCGCCUGAGGGCCAACAGGAGGCUGGUGGCCCCGGGAGCUUUCGUGGAAUGGCAGGAGGACUAUGAGGAAAAGGCCAAGGAACGUAUCCACAGGAACUGUGUUUUCACUGGGGAUGUGAGUGAUAUGCCGGAGGCUACGGUGGCCAUCAGCAACUGUGACGGACUGGCAGGUCUGAUCCGGACUGAUAAUGGGGAGUUUUUCAUCGAGCCCCUCGAGAAGGGCCAGCAGGAUGUGGAAGUGAAGGGGCGUGUCCACGUGGUCUACCGCAGGUCGGCCAUCAAGCAGGAGUCGGGCCAGCGGAGGGAGGACCUCCACAACGAAGUGGCGGAUUUCGGGAUCGCGGACCUCCCCGCCUCUCUGGAUCUCGUGGAGCAGAAGUUGUCCGAGACCGAGCGCAAGAGGAGGCACGCGAAGAAAGACGACUACAACAUCGAGGUGCUGCUGGCUGUGGACGACUCGGUGGUGCGCUUCCACGGCAAGGAGCACGUGCAGAAUUAUGUUCUCACGCUCAUGAACAUAGUUGAUGAAAUUUACCACGAUGAAUCUCUGGGCACCAACAUCAACGUGGUCCUUGUCCGCAUGAUAAUGGUCGGCUACAGACAGUCGAUAAGCCUGAUCGAGCGUGGCAACCCAUCCCGCAGCCUGGAGCAGGUGUGCCGGUGGGCCAACACGCAGCAGCGCCGCGACCCCGACCACGCCGAGUACCACGACCACGCCAUCUUCCUGACAAGGCAAGACUUUGGUCCUGCAGGUAUGCAAGGCUACGCUCCAGUGACGGGGAUGUGCCACCCACUGAGGAGCUGCACUCUGAACCACGAGGACGGCUUCUCCUCCGCCUUCGUGGUGGCUCACGAAACCGGCCACGUGCUGGGCAUGGAGCACGACGGCCAGGGAAACCGCUGCGCUGAUGAGACCAGUAUGGGGAGCAUCAUGGCGCCACUGGUCCAAGCGGCUUUCCACCGCUACCACUGGUCGCGAUGCAGCAAGCAGGAGCUCAAUCGAUACAUACACUCCUACGACUGCCUGCUGGAUGAUCCCUUUGAGCACAAGUGGCCCAAGCUUCCCGAGCUCCCCGGAAUCAAUUACUCCAUGGACGAGCAGUGCCGAUUUGACUUUGGCGUCGGUUAUAAAAUGUGCACAGCUUUUCGAACCUACGACCCUUGCAAGCAGCUGUGGUGCAGUCACCCCGACAACCAGUACUUUUGUAAAACUAAAAAAGGACCUCCGGUGGACGGGACGGAGUGUGCACCAGGAAAGUGGUGCUUCAAGGGCCAUUGCAUCUGGAGAUCGAGCCAGCAGCCUCAGGGCCACGACGGGAGCUGGGGCUCCUGGUCGAAGUCCGGUUCUUGCUCCAGGACUUGCGGCGGUGGCAUUCGCUCCCGCAGCCGACAGUGCAACGACCCUCCGCCUGCGUACGGUGGUCGAGAUUGCCCCGGCUCUACUUUCGACUACCAGAUGUGCAACACCGAGGAGUGUGCUGGACCUUACGAGGACUUCCGUGCUCAGCAGUGUGUCCAGAGGAGCAACAAAUACCACAAGAACAUCAAGCACACCUGGCUGCCAUACGAGCACCCAGAUGACGGCCGCAAGUGCGAGCUGAGCUGCAAGUCGAAGGACACAGGGGAGGUGGUGUUCAUGAACCAGGUGAUGCAUGAUGGGACCCGCUGCAGCUACUCAGACCCCUUCAGCGUGUGCGCUCGAGGAGAGUGUCUGCACGUUGGCUGUGACAAGGAGGUCGGCUCCUAUAAACAAGAGGACAAGUGUGGAGUGUGCGAGGGGGACAACUCCCACUGUCGCACCGUGAAGCUGACGCUCACCAAGACGCCAAAGAAGAACGGAAUGCUGAAAAUGUUCGACAUCCCAAUAGGAGCUCGCCACAUUGUUAUUGAAGAGAACGACACCUCCCCUCACAUAAUCGCUGUGAAGAAUCAAGUUACUGGGAACUUCAUACUGAAUGCAAAGAGUGAGGACGCUGAGUCGAAGACCUUCAUCGAGAACGGUUUACAGUGGGAGUAUUCCAUGACUGAUGAGAAGGAGACCCUGAAAACAACUGGUCCUCUGCAUGAGGGCAUCAUUGUUCUGGUUUUGCCGCAGGAGGAAGAUACAAAAGUCAGCUUGACGUAUAAGUACAUCAUACACGAGGACCUGUUACCGCUUAUCACCAACAACAAUGUACUUCUAGCCGAACUGGACACCUACGAGUGGGCAUUGAAGAGCUGGUCUCAGUGCUCCAAACCAUGUGGCGGAGGCAUUCAGUACACAAAAUACGGCUGCAGGAGGAAAAGUGACAGUCGCUUGGUGCAUCGUAACUUCUGUGAAACCAGCAAAAAGCCCAAACCCAUCCGCAAACGCUGCAAUGUGCAAGAGUGCAGCCAGCCAACGUGGGUGGUGGAGGAGUGGACUCCCUGCAGUAAGACCUGCGGGAAGCUUGGCUACCAGACCAGGGUGGUGCAGUGCAUGCAGGCGCUCCACAACGGCACCAACCGGCCCGUCCACAGCAAACACUGCACCGAGAACCGUCCGGAGACGAGGAGGGCGUGUAACCACACAACAUGCCCCGCCCAGUGGAGGACAGGGGCCUGGUCUCAGUGCUCGGUGACCUGCGGCGAAGGAAUCCAACAGAGGCAGGUGGUUUGCAAGGCCAGCGACAACACCAUCGGAGAGUGUGAGAGCGAGAAGCCGGAAACCGUCCUCAUUUGCAAACUCAACUAUUGUCCAGGACAGCCAGUGUCUUCUCUCAGUGUUGAGAAGAUCGUAAAUACCACGAUAAAAGCCGAUGAAGCGACACGACAGAAGGUUUCUGAAAACCCCGUCCACAAAAUCUCCUCAAAUGAGCCAUGUCUGGGGGAUAAAUCGAUUUUCUGUCAAAUGGAAGUUCUAGCCCGUUAUUGUUCAAUCCCCGGAUAUAAUAAGCUUUGUUGUGAGUCUUGCAACAAGAAAGAAAACCUCGCCACUCAUUCCCCUGAUAUUGAAAAUGCCCCUGUGGUCUUAGUCGAACGUGAAUCCUCCACUCCUUCUCAAUCCUCAUCAUCCAAAGAGCCUCUACCUGCCAUGACCGAGAGCCCGCCACAAACCACUAAAGCCACCAGCAGACGGCCAUGGUCCACCGCCCCGCUGUCGACCACCGCCGCCGACGCUGCUGGAUCCUCCACAUCCACAGGUGCCUCUCUGCCCCAGGUCCCCACCAGUGCCUCCUUCCUCGUAGCUGAGAAGGAAGACUCUGACCCGGGGCCUCUUCUACCUCCAGAGCCGCCACGGCCCACAGCAGACUCCAGUAGAGGUGCCUCUAAAGAGCACAGUCCAAACAGCACGUUAGGCCCAGUCACUGCCAAGUCAAGAAGGGACGAUUUAGGAUCCGAGAGGGACUCCAGUCACAGAACCCUGUCGGCUCAGAAAUAAGACAGUGAGCGAUGCUGUGAACAUGCUGCUCAGUGAGACGCUCUCAUACAUCAGCUCAGCCUGCGUAGCAUCUGAUAGACUUGCAGUCAGGCUGCAGAUAUUUUCUUUUCUUUUUUUUUCCCAUGCCAGUGAACUGACCAGUGAUGGUUACCUCAUCAAAUCUCCAGAGCGACCUCUGUCGCCCUGCCCUCUGUGCUUCAAAUAUGAAACGGGAGAAAAUGAAGUUGUCAAAACAAAGGUGCUGUAAAAUUAAACGACUACAAGACGUGUUCAAAAUGUGAUGACUGCAUUGCUACAUUCAUGUUUUUAUCUGUGUACAGUUAUGUAAGCCUGUUUUUUCUCAAGUGCAUUAGAACUACUAUUGAACUGGUAUUGUGAACAUGACUAGAGGUCAAAGGCCAUGGUUGCAGGCAUGCAGGUGCUACCUAUGGGGUCCUGAGUGUUCCAACAGAAUAAUUAUAGACCACUCUGCAAUCUCUGCAUACAGUUUAUCUUUUACCUAUUACAUUAAGAUUACAAUUAUGCAUUGAAAGCCUGUUAUAUUUAAUGUAUUCUGCUUUUAAAAAUAUCAAUGAAUUAAGUGGAAAGGGUUAGGGAUUAAAAAUGUUUGUAAUUCCUGAUAAGCCUCCAUCCACCUGUUCUUGUUGAGGCUGAAGGUGGCGCUGUUCAUUACAUACCAAUGGACCAAUCAGAGCCCCUGUUACUAUGGUAAAGACACAGACAAAAAAAGCCAAAUUUAUUCAGUCCAAGCAAGUAAUGAAAUACCGUUGACAUUAAGAUUUUGAAAGCAGUAACAUUGUUGUAACAAUUGUUUGGCAUUGCCACUCACACAGUGACCUUCUAGACAGGAUUUGUUGCUAUGAGGUUUCCAAGUAACCAGCUGAAACAGGUGCUCUGUAUGCCGAGCUUGGCGUUUCAUGUUUUUCAGCGGAUUCCCCCCCUCUGCUUCCAGUUAUCAUACUAAGCUAGCCACAUGCUAACAUUAGACUCACAUUUGUUGUGAUUUCAGAUCUUGUCAUCUGAGAAUGAAAGAGAGCAAAUUACAAAAAAAUUCGACAUUUUUCAAAAUCGAUAAUAAUACAACAGCUUUUAAGGUCUAUAAAUAUUUCCUCGGCACACUCCAGGUUUCAUAGUCAUCACUCCAGGCAGAGACCUUCAUGACUUCUCUGUCCCCGGUGCUUCUUUGUUUUUAAUAUUGUCCGCAUCCAAUUUUGUGGUGAUAAAUCAGCGAGGCUCAUCCCUGCUGCAGCGUGCCCUCACAAAAAAGAUUUUAGAAAACAAUAAAUCAUGAAGGUUUUUUUUUUGUAACUGAUAUAUUUUUCAGAUAAUAAUGUAUAUAGUGUAAAUUUCAAGUCAUGAAAAGUUGUGUUUUGUAAUUGGAAACUACAGGUGAUGCUGUAAGUCUGCAGACUGUGGUCGGUCAUCGUGGUACACCAUUCCUGCAUUGCAGUCCAUAACAUCAUUAUUUGUAUUGUAUAGUUCUUGUAUAUACCUACGUGGAUGAAAGCUUUAAAUGUUAAUAUUUAUUGAAUUUUUAAAGUGGUAUGGAGAACAAAGUAAAAGACAUUUGAAAGAA